GCACCGUCAUUUCUUUGGGUUCCCGGAUGAAGACGUCACGCAACUGCUCGGUAGAAUAACAAGAUUUUUUCCUUGGAAACAACUAGAUGCUAAAAGAUUUUCUUUUUGACGAACUGAGGUAAUUAGGUAUUUCAAUAUGUCCACACCAGCUAGGCGAAGACUCAUGAGGGAUUUUAAAAGGUUACAAGAAGAUCCCCCAGCAGGUGUCAGUGGAGCCCCUACCGACAACAAUAUUAUGAUCUGGAAUGCAGUUAUAUUUGGGCCCCAUGACACGCCUUUUGAAGAUGGCACCUUCAAGCUGACCCUAGAGUUCACAGAAGAGUAUCCCAACAAACCACCCACAGUUCGGUUUGUUUCCAAGAUGUUUCAUCCAAACGUGUACGCAGACGGUAGCAUCUGUCUAGACAUUCUUCAAAACCGGUGGAGCCCCACGUAUGAUGUGUCUGCCAUCCUCACGUCCAUUCAGUCUCUCCUGGACGAGCCAAAUCCGAACAGCCCGGCGAACAGCCUGGCAGCACAGCUGUACCAAGAAAACAGGCGGGAGUACGAGAAGCGGGUCGCUGCCAUCGUUGAGCAGAGCUGGCUCAACUUCAAUGACGACGAGGGCAAGGAAUCCAAGAAGGAUGCUUCCUAGCUUUUCCUGCUGCUGCUGAACCACCACCACUACCACCACAACACCGCUUGGCCCUCCCCCACUUCUUUCCCUCCCACUUCCCAAGAGAAAUGCCCCUUCCCCCCUCCCCCAUGCAAGAACCGACACAGAGAGAGAGAGGCCAGGGUGCACAAGGCAGCACCUGUGUAGGCCACUCUUAGAGGAAAAAGAAAAAAGCUGCAGCAAGUGGAGAGUCAACAGCUGAUUAAAACAGACUGGAGGAGGAGGGGAUUGUUGCUUCUCAAAACUGCGCACGAUUUUUCUGUGUGCUGGCGGCAUAAGCAGGGUUGCCUUUCAAUUUGUGCGCAGACUCAUUGCAACUUUGUGGCUGUUUUGAGUGCAGCUCAUUUUCCACGCAAGGCAUGUGCUGCGCAGUGCAGGAUGCUUCGACAGUGCUGGCUUCAUUGAAAAAAACCCUGUGCUUCUUGCUGCUUUUGAACUGAGGAGGGCCAUGCCUCUUGUCAAGGCGUGUUCUGACAAGCUCGUUUAAAUUCUGCCUGCUGUGCAAGAUCGCACGGGCAGCAGCUAUAUGUGUAUUGGUUGGCUAAAAUGAGUGUGUGAACGUCCUCGCUGCAUUACCCUUGCGGGCCUUAUAUAUAUAUAUACACACACUCACUCACACACACAAGUUCUCUUUGCCAUCGCACUUGUGGACUGACAAGAAUAUGGUGCAACUGGCUGGGCAAGCUUUUUUUUUCCCCUCUCUCCUUUUCCAUGCUGUAAGUGCUAAAAAGAUGAGUGGAAGGUAUUCUUUUUAACUUGUUUAGACUUGCAUUGUGAGAUUGUUUAGCACCACCGGUGUUUUUGUGUUUCAGACAUUUUAUUGACAAGGCAGCAAAUGUUUGGUCUACGAAACAUUUCUCACAAGGGUUGAUUGUAGUAUUUUGUUUGGUAACAAGAAAAACAUUAGCUUCAACACUUGCCCACCUAUGCAUUUUAUUUUUCUUUAACUCGCACAAGAUAUUUCUGCUCUUUAAAAUUGCCACGGAUUACUGUGGCGGAUUGCCUGUGAAUCGUGUAAUUUACGUUCACUCAAGGCGGUGUCAACUGUUCCCAGCUGCACGUUCAUGCGAGUCUCUCGUUGAGAGAUUGUGUAGUAAAUUGCCAGUUUAAUUGAGCAGAUUAGGUUUGCUUGGGCAGUGUGUAACCAUGUUCGCAGCUGCAUCUGGAUGCACAGCUCCCGAGUUAACACACUUCGGAAACAGGCCCGUUAAUAAUGUGCCAGUAAGUGGUGUGUUGUAAAACCCUAUGUAGUUGGAGUGUUGCACUGCAACUUCCUCACAGUGUACCACAUUUGUGCAUGCAGUUUGCGUAAAAGGGGGGUCGAGCACAGUUUCAG